UCAUAUUUAAAGAUGCAGACUCAUGGACACUGUCCUCCCCUCAGUCCUGGAGGUGCACCAGUUCUCCCGGGACGCCGGUGUGGCUGAGGCCUGGCUGCUGGGUCAGGAACCCUACUUGUCCAGCAGGGAGGUUGGCCAGAGUGUUGAUGAGGUGGAGAAGCUCAUCAAGCGCCAUGAGGCUUUUGAGAAGUCUGCUGCCACCUGGGAGGAGCGUUUUUCUGCGCUGGAGAGACUGACAACGAUGGAGCUCCUGGAGGUGAGGAGACAGCAGGAGGAAGAGGAGAGAAGGAGGAAGCCGCCGUCUCCAGAACCCGUCACUCAGCAGGACGACUUACAGCUGCAGAGGGAGGGUGGAGUCGUCACUCAGAACGGCUUGCCGCCAGACCAGGGUUCUCCUCAGGACACCGUGGAGGGUGGAGACCUUGUUAAUGGGGUGCUGGAGCGAAGCUCCAAGGAGCCAAGCCCCACCUCCUCCCCAACCUCUGGCAGAAAGAACAAAGUCAGCCAGUCCACCACACUGCCCACCAAGACCCAGAACCCGUCCUCACAGCUGGAGGGCCUCCUACACCGCAAGCAUGACUGGGAGGGACAUAACAAGAAGGCAUCCAACAGAUCAUGGCACAAUGUGUACUGUGUCAUCAACAACCAGGAAAUGGAUUUCUAUAAGGACAGCAAGGCAGCAAACCAGGGCGUCCCUUACCACAACGAACUGCCAAUCACCCUGAAGGACGCCGUGUGCGAUGUUGCAUCAGAGUACAAGAAGAAGAAACAUGUCUUCAAACUCAGAGUCACUAAUGGAAACGAGUACCUCUUCCAAGCCAAAGAUGAAGAGGACAUGAGCACCUGGAUCCAGGCCAUCCUGAACGUGAGCAUGGCAGACCAUUCCGAGGUCCGUGGCAGUAACCUGGGCACCCCAACGUCUGGCCGCGCCCAGACACUGCCAGCGACCGUGACGUUAACCGCCGAGUCGAGUCCCGGCAAGAAGGAGAAGGACAAGGAGAAGCGCUUCAGCCUCUUCAGCAAGAAGAAGCUGUAGACCAAUGACUUUUAGUCCACGAACAGACCCAGUGUCAGAUUUCACUUCUUGAUUGUUUUUAAUUUGUCGUCACACGUCUUCAAGCUGGAUUCUGAACCGCUAAUGAGAUGUCGCAGUCUUUUGUUUGCUGCACAUUAAAUCCAUGUAAUUCCUGAUAAAUCGCUGAAUGCAUCAAUCCAUCGCUCGCUGCGCUCCGAGAACAUGUUUGCAAACUUUUCUGAGUGCUAAUGGCGCUUUUUUUUUUUUUUUUUUUUUUUGCCAUUAGCCGCUAAUGUGCAAAAAGAAUGAAACUCUGAAAAGUAUUGGACAAAACUGUAAAAAAUAAAUAAAUAAAUUCUGUUCAGUCAAGUUUAUUUUUAUUUUUGUGUCUUUCAGUUUUUAUGGUUUUUAUAUUUUUAAGUCAUGGCUCCAUUUUUUUUUUUGCUUCUUGUAUUAAAUUCUUGUCUUUGUUGUUUGAUGGAAGCUGAACCUCAGUUUUUUGAGGGUUUCCAUGGAGACGCUCUGGACCCAGGUUUGAGUUUGCAUGUUCAAUCGGAGCCAAG